ACCCUUAGUGUGGCUAAAUAUGCUUUGAAAAAAAUAGUUCUACAAAUAGAAUCUAACCAUCCUUUUUCUUAGUCUAAAAUCCCUGGGCAAAUGGAUUCAGCUAAUUCCCAUGUUGUUGUUAAACAACUUCCGUGUUCUGUUCAGACCAGCAAACCAAUCUGUUUGAUGGGAAAGAACUCUUUAAAGCGAAAGUGUUUUGCUUCUAUUGGGGCACAUGAGAUUUUCAGACCAGAGAUGUGGAAAGCAGCACUAACAGAAUUAACAGCCACUGCCUCUCUAAUGUUCACCUUGACAACUUCCAUCAUUGCAUGCUUGGACUCACAUGAGAUCGAUCCUAAGCUUCUUGUUCCCUUUGCAGUCUUCACAAUAGCCUUUUUGUUCCUAAUUGUGACGGUUCCUCUCACGGGAGGCCACAUGAGUCCUGUUUUCACAUUCAUUGCUGCUUUAAAGGGUGUUGUGACUCUCACCCGUGCCCUCAUUUACGUGCUAGCACAAUGCAUUGGUUCAAUAAUUGGUUUCUUUAUACUAAAAUGUGUCAUGGACCCAAAAUUAGCUUACACAUAUUCCUUGGGAGGUUGUGCCAUCAGUGGCCAAGGAGUGAUCAAUUCUUCUUCUGGUGGUAUUAAGCCACUAGAUGCUUUGUUAGUGGAAUUCACUUGCACAUUUGUGGUACUCUUUGUGGGGGUAACAUUGGCAUUUGAUAAGAAAAGGUCAAGGGAUUUGGGCUUGCCAAUGGUGUGCUUGGUGGUGGCAGGAGCUAUGGCAUUGGCGGUAUUUGUGUCCAUAACUGUAACUGGGCGGGCCGGUUAUGCGGGUGUGGGCUUGAACCCUGCAAGAUGCUUAGGCCCAGCGUUGCUUCAUGGAGGGUUACUCUGGGAAGGGCAUUGGGUUUUCUGGCUUGGGCCCUUCUUGGCAUGUGUAGUCUAUUAUGCUGUGUCUAUUAACCUACCAAGGGAGGGUUUGGUUUGGGUGGAUGGAGAAUAUGAUGUGUUGAAAUUGGCUCUCGGUUCUUGUGGGAAUGUCCAUAAUACUUCCGUUUCAAAGGAUCAUCAACUAGAAGAACCAAGUGCAGGGUUCCAAGUCUAAGUAUGAAAGGAAAUUAAGAAGCAGUUUCAUAACUUCAUUAUUUGCCUCUGUAUUAAUAUUCUAGUAACACGAACUUAUGAAAGGUUGAACGGGACAAAUACAUUUGCAUCUAGUUUUGAUGGAAGUCAAUGUAUGGAUUUUUGGCUAGUCAUUUUGGUUUGACACAACCAAUAUUAAUUAAUGUGCUUUCAGUGA